AUGCUUCUUUCUCUUGUGCAAACCACCUUAACAUCAUCACCUUUCCAAUCCCCAAGCUUCAAGAUUCUUCAUCCCACCACUGUGCUGCCCAAAACUCUCUUUCUUGGUCUUGGAAUUGAACCCACAAAUGCCCUCAAAAGAUUACUCUUUUUUAGCCAAAGAUCACAUUAUACUAAAUCCAGAAACCCCAGGCUCACUAUCCAUGCUUCUUUGCUUGAAGCUCCAGUCCUUUGGGCUGGUAGGCUUUGCAUCUUCUACGCACUCUUGAAGACUGGUUUAGCUGGAUCUCAAGCUAACCCACUUGUGUCAGAUUUGGGAAGCACUGAAGAAGGUGAUGGGGUUGGGAUUGAGUCUGCUGAUUUGGGGUUUUCUAGGUGGUUGAACAGCAUACAGGGGAAACCAGUGAAAGAAGCAGCUGAUAGAAGGAAAUUAGUGAGCAAAUGGCAUCCUACCACAAAGGGCACACUCAGAAGGAACUACAGGGUACCCUCUAAAUCUGAAGGGCGGCGUGCUCUGAAAGCCAUUGCCUCCUUAUUGUCAGAGGACGAUCACUUUGUAGAUGCCACCUCCCACAAGGGUUGCCAGAUUAGGAGGGAGAGCGCUCACGGAGAAACUGUCUGUUGCAACAACGUAAGGGCUCUGUUCGAUGAGCUCCCAACUCCACAUCUAGUUGUGGAAAUCACUCCUUUUCCUGCUGGUUCUCUUACAGAAACGGAUUACACUAAAGCCGAGAAAUUAGAGAGGGUCCUAAGGUCUGGUCCUUCUGUUUGA